AUGCAUCUGUUCGCGCAGGCUGGUCUAUUCUCAGCUGUGCUCACUGCAUUUAAUGUGCAGUCAUAUCAAACUCUUCAGCCGGCGUCCGCGGAUACGUCUACUGCUGUACUUCAGCAAAUAUCCGCCCAGCUUUCUAGCUUCUCUGUGAAUCUCCCAUCCAUCAACUCGACACAUAUUCCUCGUCCUCUCAACGAAAUCAAGCCCUCUUUCAAUGCACCCCUAUCGGCUAUCUGGAUCAACGCGCUUUGGUUCUCGAGCCUGAUCUGUAGCCUUGCCUCUGCCUCUAUAGCGCUCAUCGUGAAGCAAUGGCUGCAUGAGUUGACUCUAGGGCUCUCUGGUACGACGCGUGAAAGCGCAAGGCGUCGACAGUACCGUCAUAACACCCUCGUGAAGUGGCGUGUCGAGGCUAUCGUUCGCACACCAUCCAUACUACUCCAAAUCGCCCUCGUGCUUUUCCUUUCUGGACUUAUCAUCUUGCUAUGGACCCUCGAUACCACUGUGGCCGUGGUGGGCACGAUUCUCGUCUCGGCCCUGUUCCUGUUCAUGGUGAUCAUCACGGUCCUACCUGCAUUCCAGUGGGAUUGCUGCUAUCGCUCCCCACAGGCCCUUCUGGUUUAUGUCGUGGUCCGAUUCACGCGCAAUGUGCUUCGUAAUCUGACCCUCAAGAUGUACAUACUCUCGCGAUCCUGGAUAGCGCGUCACCCCAACUGA